GCAAGAUUUUCACCACGAGGUCGAUAUAAAUUGCGUCGUAGAAGACGUUCUGCAGAUGUGGAUCUGUCGCGGAAAGUGUGAGAAUGAAGAUACAUCAGGGGCACAUGUUUGCCGUUGCAUACGUCACAUGGAAGAUCUUGAAUCGGGACAAGAAAACCAAACCGAAAACAAACAGAAUGAAGUGUCGAUUUACGAAAAACAUGAUAGAAGACCAACCGGAUACUGUCAUGUAGAGACUAUUCACGAAGAGGAUUUAACGAGCCUUCCUUCAUUGACCACACAAAAAGAGACAAUAGAAAAAGAAGGUUUAACGAGCUGUCCUCCCCUACUUCCUCCAAUGCCCAAAAUCUUGGUAUUUGAAAAAGAAGAAAAACAUGUCUCCGCGAAAAUGACUACCAAAAAGGUUACAUUCAAGAGUGACGUGGAUUGCGAUAUGGAAACAUCACAGCGACGAGCUUCAGAGAAAGUGAAAGUUAUCCGAAAGCUUUCGUCUUCCAUUGGCAGACCAUCACUACUCGAUGAAAUUGAAAUUGCUAAAGAGGUCAUCAUGGAUAGAAGAGCGUCCAACGAUAAGGCACGUAGUUAG